GCCGUCAAGACCUGCCCUCUGACCAGCCUGAGAGCUUCGAGCCCACCCAGGUGAAUACUGCUGAAGGAGCUGCUGAACAUAGCACGGAGACUGCUGCAGCACCUGCUACUACUACUGGACCUCCGACGGAAAACGAACACCCGCCUACUAAACGCAGAAGGUAUACUGUUGACGUUAUGAGACCAGACGGUGGACCUUCUCCUUCCAAUUUGAACGGUUUUGCCUCCGUCUCCAAUGGCGCCUCAAGCUCCCUUCAAAAGCCGCCCCUUCCAAAUUCCCCUGCUGGAAAACAGUCACAAGCCGAAUAUCAGGAUGCCACCAUGUCGAAUGGAUCAUCUCCCCUAUCCCCUACAUACCGCGGCCACGACCGGGAGGAAGUUACGAGGAUACUGAUACAGAGUCUGUACGAGUUGGGUUACCACCAGGCUGCUUCUACUUUGAGUGCUGAGAGCAAGUAUGAGCUCGAAAGUCCCGGUGUAGCUGCUUUUAGGACUGCCAUAUUGGGGGGAGACUGGAAUGAGGCUGAGAGGAUACUCCUAAGCUCCUUUUGUCCCGAUGGGGAUGCCGGAGAACUAGACGGGGUAACUGGUAAACAGCUUGCCAAACGAGAUGGCCUCGUCCUGGCUAGUGGCGCCAACGAAAACGAGAUGCUGUUCUGCAUAAGGCAACAGAAGUUCCUUGAGCUUCUCGAUCGAAGGGACUUGACAACGGCUUUGGUCGUCUUACGCCAGGAACUCACGCCAUUGAACCAUGACAUCACACAACUUCACGCUCUUUCGAGUCUACUAAUGUCUACGCCUGAGAACCUGCGAGCACGGGCCGGUUGGGGACACACCAUUACAGAAUCUAGACAGAACCUCCUAUCGGAACUCACCAGAUCUAUCUCUCCUUCCGUCAUGAUACCCGACCACCGAUUAGCAGUACUUCUUGACCAAGUAAAGCAAACCCAAAUAAAUAACUGUCUAUAUCACAACACCGCAGUGUCGCCUUCCCUGUACUCGGAUCACUUAUGUGAUAAAAGCGGUUUCCCCCUCCGGACGGCGUUCGAGCUCAGUCACCACACCAAUGAGGUUUGGUACCUGGAAUUCUCCCACGAUGGCACCAAACUUGCUACAACCAGCCGCGACUGCACUGUUUUGAUUUAUGACUCUACAACCUUUGAAAUAAUACAUCGGUUGACGGAGCACAGUGAGCCCGUUGCUUACGCUACAUGGAGCCCAGACGAUACCAAGUUGAUCACUUGUUCUCAAGACUUCAAGGCUAAAUUGUGGGAUGUUCCGAGUGGAACUUGUCUUUUGACAAUUGAACAUCACCAUGCACCGAUCACAUCCGCUUCAUGGGCUCCAGAUGGAGAGUCCUUCGUCACAGGUUCUCUCGACAGCCAGUCUCAGCUCUGCCAUUGGAGUGUCCCCCAUAAAUCCCUACUAUAUACCUGGCCUGGUCAAUACCGGGUCCGCGACUGUGCUAUAACUCCGGACGGCAAGCGACUGAUUGCCAUCUCUCUGCAAAAAAGAAUCUAUGUUUACAAUUUUAUAACCCGCGAGGAAGAGUACAGCGUUCUCCUCAAACUAGAUCUCACUUGUCUGAGUGUUAGCGCUGACUCGCGGUUUAUGCUUGUUAACAUGUCCGAAAACGAAGUACAGCUUCUUGAUAUCGAGACAGCAGAGGUGGUUCGACGAUUUUUGGGUCAGAAGCAAGGUAAUUUCCUUAUUCGUAGCGCUUUCGGCGGAGCUGCUGAGAAUUUUGUUGUCAGCGGCAGUGAAGGUAUGUCUUUAACACCCCCCUAUCUCCCCAUAAGCAGUCCAGCCAUACCUAACAGCUGUUACUACUAGAUGCGAAAAUCUACAUCUGGCAUAAGGAGAACAGUCGACUUGUCGAAUCCCUUGAAGGCCAUGUUUCUGGCUGCGUCAAUGCAGUCGCCUGGAAUCCAACUGAUCCUGGAAUGUUUGCUUCAGCUGGAGAUGACCGCAAAGUCAGAGUGUAAGCAUAUCAUCUUUAUAAUGCCAUUAUCCCUCAUUCAAUCACUAACUGAGUUUCCAGAUGGAUGAAACAGCCUUGCCUAGGAACGUCGUCGGGUAAUAAAUCCAGGAGAUCAAUUCGAAGCAAUCCAUCCUCAAGUGCCGUCUCCCUAAAGCCUUCUGGCUAAAUAUGCUUUAGCAAAAGUAUGCGAUCAUCCAAAUUCCCCAACAAAGCCUGUAUCCGCCAUCGCCUCCGAACACCGCGGAUUGCACAUACCCAUUGCUUACGGAGUUCAUUGGUUCCCCUCUAUUAUUCUCAUCCAUCCAUCUUAUACUUUCGCCGUACCUAAGUUUACUACACCACUUACAAGUAUCAAUUGCAUUAUCACGGGGUUAUUAUGCGUUUGGAUCCUACUUUACGACACGACACAUUCGUUUGAUCUGCUUUAUAUCUUAUUUUCUCGUUUCCCUUUUUACUACCCAAUCAUCUAUUCAUUCAACAGGGUAGGAAAUGGUUCGGUUCGGUUGGUGGUUGGUGGUCGGAGGUAUCUCGAACGCGGAGGUUGGCAAUGCAGCGCUUUUAUUCUGUUCCCAUGGCACGGCUUCCCCUUUUCUUGCCCAUGUCAUGUCAGUUUUAGGAACCGGGACUUGUCCCCCAUAUAUAUCUUGGCUCUUCUCGGCUUUGCUUGUUGUCUUCCCUCUAUUUUUGGCGUAUCCUGCAUAAUACAUUUCUUUCGUUUUGUCUUUUGCAGAAAAUAAUCAUCCUUUUGAUACUGGUUAAAUCAUAUAUACCAUCAAUCACUCGGUCUAC